CAUAGUUAACACAUCAUUCAGACACUUGCCCGGAUUAACAUAUAUCUUGGUCACCUCAUCACACCACACCACUAGGGUUUUCUCUAAAUUUCCACAAUUUCUAAAACUUCACAACAAAACAGAGAAACCCAAGUGAGAUCUAUCAAUUUUAGAUUGUGGGCUGAUUUUAUUUCUAUGUAUUUAUUAUUAUAAUUUAUAUAAUACAUAAUAUACACAAAAUAAAUAAAUGGAUAUCAUGAAAACAAGUUCAUAUCUUGAUGAUGAUAAUUCAUCUUUAUAUUCACCAGCUGCAGCCCAUCAAAAUAGUAGGAAUGUUUUCCAAAUGUUGAGCAAGAGAGAGAUAGCUCCAAAGAUAAGAAAGUAUAUGCCAAGAAAGAAGGGAGGUGGAACUUCUGAUAUGAAUCACCGCUCAGUUGUUAAGCCUAAAAGUCAAUGUGCAAGGGAUUCAAGAUGUGAACUUUUUUCAUGGGUGGAGACUGAGUCAUUGCAGUGUUUAUCUGCCAAGUAUUGUUCGUUAAUGCCUUCACCGAGGUCAACUAUUGCAGCAGCAUUUAGUUCAGAUGGGAAAAUUCUUGCUUCAACUCAUGGUGAUCAUACUGUGAAAAUAAUUGACUGCCAAACUGGGAAAUGUCGAAAGGUAUUGAGUGGACAUCGAAGAACGCCGUGGGUGGUUAGAUUUCAUCCGCUGCGUCCAGAAAUACUUGCAAGCGGAAGCUUGGACCAUGAAGUUCGUUUAUGGAAUGCAAAUACAUCAGAAUGCAUAGGAUCCCGUGAUUUUUAUCGGCCUAUUGCUUCCAUUGCAUUUCAUGCCGAAGGAGAAUUGCUUGCAGUUGCUGCAGGCCAUAAGCUUUAUUUAUGGCAAUACAAUAGCAGAGAGACAUCUCCACCUGCUAUUGUAUUGAGGACAAGACGUUCUCUCCGUGCUGUGCAUUUCCAUCCACAUUCUGCUCCACUUCUUUUAACGGCUGAGGUCAAUGAUCUUGACUCUUCAGAUUCUACUAUGGCCCCUGCAACAUCUAUGGGUUAUCUACAUUACCUUCCUCCUGCUGUAUAUAUGGGCAAUAUGCAUCGCAUUGAUCGGCUAAGUUUAGCAGCGGAAUUACCAUUGAUGCCCUUGCCUCUCUUCUCGUCUUCUCCAACCGAAAGACGUGAUUCAAGGCCUGUUGGCUUGAAUGCUAGACCAUUAGAAUCUUCUGAUCGACAAUAUGAGCCGCUGAUGGCUAUCUCUAUACCUACUUCUAAUGCCCAUAUUGCUGUAAAUGAUAAUUUAUCUAAUCAAGGUGGAUAUCACCAAAAUACUGCUUCAGACAUGGAGAUUUCUCGUGUUGAAGAUGUUCCUGUAUCAAGGACGGGCCUGUUAGGUCGAGAUUCUGAUGAGAUUAGGCAAGACCUAUUAAUAGACCGUGUACAAUGGGAAUUACCUUUUAUGCGAGGAUGGUUAAUGGGUCACAACCAAGCUGGCACAUCGUCGACUUUUCCUCUUAGGGGUAAUCCACAUAGAUAUGCAGUUGGUAAUGAGCCGGCAAACACUAACAGGGAAUUACCCGAGGCAUCUUUGGUUAUGCCGUAUAACAUCAGUUGGAUGCCAACAGAUGAGCCAAAUGACGGGGGUAACUCUAUACCUAUGAUUAAUCAAAUACGGUCUCAAAUAUCUGCAUCAAUUAUGGAUACUGCAGCUGCUGAGUUGCCUUGCACCGUAAAGCUGAGAAUAUGGACUCAUGAUGCUAAAAAUCCAUGUGCCUUGCUCAAGUCUGAACGAUGCCGUCUAACUAUACCACAUGCGGUCCUUUGCAGUGAAAUGGGUGCCCAUUUUUCACCUUGUGGCAGAUAUUUAGCAACAUGUGUUGCAUGUGUGCUUCCUCAGUUUGAAGCUGAUUCCGGGAUAUCGACCCAUCUCCAUCAAGAAACAACUGGGCCUGGAACAUCUCCUACACGCCAUCCUAUCUCUGCUCGUCAAGUCAUCUAUGAACUCAGAAUAUAUUCACUUGAGGAGCCAACCUUUGGUGCGGUACUUAUCUCGAGGCCGAUUAGAGCCGCUCACUGUUUAACGUCAAUCCAGUUUUCACCUUGUUCUGAGCACGUGUUGCUGGCAUAUGGGCGACGUCAUAGCUCUCUUCUUAAAAGCAUUGAUAUCAAUGGGGAUGCUUCAUUAUCCGUUUACACUGUUUUGGAGGUAUACAGAGUAUUGGAUAUGGAACUUGUGAGUGUGCUUCCUAGUGCAGAGGACGAGGUGAAUGUAGCUUGCUUCCAUCCUUUUGCUGGAGGAGGCAUUGUCUACGGGACAAAGGAAGGCAAGCUUAGAAUCCUUCAAUUUAAUGGCGCUAAUGGAAUAAAAUCUACCAUCCCUGAUCUUUUUCGUGAUGCACAAAUGGUUGAUGUAGAAUAAUGAUACAGGCUCAGGUGUAAUCUUUAUAUGUUACAACACAGUGAUAAUAUUUCACUUAUAGGAACUUGAACCAGCUCUCCUAACUGAUGCUGCUAGCUGGAUUUCGUUCCAUUUUUUCUGCUUUGGUUUUUUUCUUUUUUAUUCACACUUUUAACCAUUUUCAUAUAUGUUUGACCAUGUACAUUAUGUUUGUUAACAAGUAUUACACCCGUAAAGUUGCCACUGCCCGUGGCUACAUUCCGCUGUAUGUAGGUUUAUAAGAAUCUCACCACGUACUGUAAUUAUCAACACAAACUUGUUUCACAUAGUCGUUAUAAUUUGCACCUGCUGUAGAGACAAGGUGUGUUGGUGAA